CUCUUUAAUCGAACAAAAGCGCUAUUGCCUACCUGAAAGCAGUUUAUUUAUCGAUUCAAUUGUGGGAUACAGUGUUUAGCGCAUACGCAGCACGGGAUGUUUCCAUCACUAUGGUGUGUUGAGGAUACCAUUUAGACUAGACAUUGGUGGUCGCACAAAUAAUCACCUUCUAUUUCACAUUUUUUUUGCUGGACGGUGGGAUCAUAUUAUAUUACCUGGGUGUGUAUUCACGCAUUAAUUGGGAAUACGAGGGAUACUCAGCUGUGGUUCGACGAGGGGCUUCUAAGGAUCGAUCACGCUUGUCUGGGUGACCCAGUUCCGGAGUAAAGGCGGCAAACCAGGCAUUCCUGGUGCAAAGACUGCUGGCACAGUCUUCCUGCUUCCAUCCAGGUUGUGAUAUCGGACACAUGACUUCCAUCUUCAAAAUGAAAUUCGAGCUAAGUUUCUCCAGAAAUAUGUGCCGAGUGGCACUGGUUACCAUUGGAUUAUGGGUAAUUCAGUUGUCCGCGGUGGCCGCAGUGCCACCAGCCCUAGCAUCAGAUUUAACAGUGGAUACGUUUACAACAACGGGAGUAACUGUGAAAUGGACACUAACAACAGGGACAUUCGACAACUUCAAGGUCACUUUUACACCAGCAGCAGGUGGAGCAGCCACUGACACUCAGACUCCUGCUAAAACAGCCAUUCAGGCAGUUACAACAGCUUUACAAGCUGGGACCGCAUACACUGCAAGGGUUGUAACAGUCCUGGGAGGGGUUGAGGGGCCUGCCAAGACAAAAACAUUCACUACAUUGCCACCAGCCCUAACAUCAGAUUUAACAGUGGAUACGUUUACAACAACGGGAGUAACUGUGAAAUGGACACUAACAACAGGAUCAUUCACCAACUUCAAGGUCACUUUUACACCAACAGCAGGUGGAGCAGUCACUGACACUCUGACUCCUGCUAAAACAGCCAUUCAGGCAGUUACAAUAGCUUUACAAGCUGGGACCGCAUACACUGCAAGGGUUGUAACAGUCCUGGGAGGGGUUGAGGGGCCUGCCAAGACAAAGACAUUCAGUACAUUGCCACCAGCCCUAACAUCAGAUUUAACAGUGGAUACGUUUACAACAACGGGAGUAACUGUGAAAUGGACACUAACAACAGGAUCAUUCACCAACUUCAAGGUCACUUUUACACCAACAGCAGGUGGAUCAGUCACUGACACUCUGACUCCUGCUAAAACAGCCAUUCAGGCAGUUACAAUAGCUUUACAAGCUGGGACCGCAUACACUGCAAGGGUUGUAACAGUCCUGGGAGGGGUUGAGGGGCCUGCCAAGACAAAGACAUUCACUACAUUGCCACCAGCCCUAACAUCAGAUUUAACAGUGGAUACGUUUACAACAACGGGAGUAACUGUGAAAUGGACACUAACAACAGGAUCAUUCACCAACUUCAAGGUCACUUUUACACCAACAGCAGGUGGAGCAGUCACUGACACUCUGACUCCUGCUAAAACAGCCAUUCAGGCAGUUACAACAGCUUUACAAGCUGGGACCGCAUACACUGCAAGGGUUGUAACAGUCCUGGGAGGGGUUGAGGGGCCUGCCAAGACAAAGACAUUCACUACAUUGCCACCAGCCCUAACAUCAGAUUUAACAGUGGAUACGUUUACAACAACGGGAGUAACUGUGAAAUGGACACUAACAACAGGAUCAUUCACCAACUUCAAGGUCACUUUUACACCAACAGCAGGUGGAGCAGUCACUGACACUCUGACUCCUGCUAAAACAGCCAUUCAGGCAGUUACAGCAGCUUUACAAGCUGGGACCGCAUACACUGCAAGGGUUGUAACAGUCCUGGGAGGGGUUGAGGGGCCUGCCAAGACAAAGACAUUCACUACAUUGCCACCAGCCCUAACAUCAGAUUUAACAGUGGAUACGUUUACAACAACGGGAGUAACUGUGAAAUGGACACUAACAACAGGGACAUUCGACACCUUCAAGGUCACUUUUGCACCAACAGCAGGUGGAGCAGUCAUUGGCACUCAGACUCCUGCUAAAACAGCCAUUCAGGCAGUUACAACAGCUUUACAAGCCGGGACCGCAUACACUGCAAGGGUUGUAACAGUCCUGGGAGGGGUUGAGGGGCCUGCCAAGACAAAGACAUUCACUACAUUGCCACCAGCCCUAACAUCAGAUUUAACAGUGGAUACGUUUACAACAACGGGAGUAACUGUGAAAUGGACACUAACAACAGGAUCAUUCACCAACUUCAAGGUCACUUUUACACCAACAGCAGGUGGAGCAGUCACUGACACUCUGACUCCUGCUAAAACAGCUAUUCAGGCAGUUACAACAGCUUUACAAGCUGGGACCGCAUACACUGCAAGGGUUGUAACAGUCCUGGGAGGGGUUGAGGGGCCUGCCAAGACAAAGACAUUCACUACAUUGCCACCAGCCCUAACAUCAGAUUUAACAGUGGAUACGUUUACAACAACGGGAGUAACUGUGAAAUGGACACCAACAACAGGGACAUUCGACACCUUCAAGGUCACUUUUGCACCAACAGCAGGUGGAGCAGUCCUUGGCACUCAGACUCCUGCUAAAACAGCCAUUCAGGCAGUUACAACAGCUUUACAAGCCGGGACCGCAUACACUGCAAGGGUUGUAACAGUCCUGGGAGGGGUUGAGGGGCCUGCCAAGACAAAGACAUUCACUACAUUGCCUCCAGACAUUCCAGCUGACCUGACAAUUUCUCUAAUAACGGCGACUACAGCAAAAGUUGAAUGGACCAAACCAAGUCCUGGAACUUUUACUAGCUACGAUAUCACCAUUUCUCCAACGGAUAAUGGUGCCACGGUGGAUUCACCUAGUGUUCUGCAAUCUGUCGAUCCACCGACAACAACAUUAUCAAGUUUGACACCAAAUGUGCAAUAUAGUGUAGUUGUCAGGACAGUUGUUGGAACAACGAAGGGGGCUACAAAGACCAAGUCUUUCACCACAUUGCCUCCAGACAUUGCUGUUGACCUGACAAUUUCUCUAAUAACUCCAAAUGGAGCAACAGUUGAAUGGACCAAACCAAGUCCUGGACCUUUUACCAGCUAUGAUAUCAGCAUUUCUCCAACUGCUAAUGGUGCCAAGGUGGAUACGCCAAGUGUUCUGCAAUCAGUGAUUCCUCCAAAGACAACACUCUCCAGUUUAACCCCUGGCACCCUAUAUACUGUUACUGUCCAGACAGUUGCUGGAACAACGAAGGGUGUAGCAAAGACCAAGACUUUCACCACAUUGCCACCAGCCCUAGCAUCAGAUUUAACAGUGGAUGCGUUUACAACAACGGGAGUAACUGUGAAAUGGACAACAACAACAGGGUCAUUCGACAGCUUAAAAGUCGCUUUUACACCAACAGCAGGUGGAGCAGUCCUUGGCUCUCAGACUCUGGCUAAAACAGCCACUCAGGCAGUUACAACAGCUUUACAAGCCGGGACCGCAUACACUGCAAGGGUUGUAACAGUCCUGGGAGGGGUUGAGGGGCCUGCCAAGACAAAGACAUUCACCACAGCACCGAAUAAACCGACAAUUACAAAGCAAAAGUUGCUAGUUGGUGACUAUGCUAUCACUGGUUCAACUGUGACACUGACAUGCAAGGCACUUGGAGUAGUGGUUUCAUACGAAUGGUACAAGGGCACAGUCAAACAAUCGUCAACUGGGAACAAGGGAGCUGAUUUUUCAACACAGAUGACUGUUGAUGGGGAAUAUUCCUGCAAGGCCAUUAACACAGGCGGCAGCACAGAAAGUGACAAGUUGACCAUAAAAGUGGUCGGUCCGUGCGACCCAUUGAUUUCCCUGUGUAAGAACGGAGCCACGUGUGCUGUCGACCCGAAUGAUGCAACAAAACCAAAGUGUACCUGUAAGCCAGGAUGGGAAGGACCCACCUCAUGCUCAGUCGAUAUCAACGAGUGCAUCGACCCGGCCUCAUGCAAUGCUGAUGCUGCCUGUACCAACACACCAGGAUCAUUCUCGUGUGCAUGCAAACCUGGUUACUCGGGCAAUGGGAAAACUUGUGCUGAUAUCGAUGAGUGUACCACAACCGACCCCAAUCUCAAGAAUAAGUGUGUUGCAAGUUCAACGUGCAAGAACACGGUUGGCUCUUAUACUUGUACGUGUAAUACGGGUUACAGCGGAUCGGGCAAGUCCAAGUGCAAUGAUAUCGAUGAAUGCACCACAGCCGACGUCAACCUCAAGGAUAAAUGUACUCAGAACUGUACGAAUACAAUCGGGAGCUAUACAUGCAAUUGUGCUACAGGCUUUACAUUAGACGUCGGGGAUAAGUUAACUUGUAAAGCAACUACUCCUUGUACGACGAACAGUGGUAAAGGCACUUGUACUGUGGAUGCAAAUACAGCGUGUGUUCAGAUCAACUCCGCUGAGACAUGUGUCUGCGUGAUGGACGGAUAUGCCCUCAACACAGCUGAGACAAAAUGUGAAGAUAUCGAUGAGUGUAAACUAACCGGCACAGACGCGAAGUGUAAAAGUGAUGUUAAUUCAGUUUGCAAGAAUACCCCUGGUUCUUAUCAGUGUGAAUGUAAAACUGGCUACGAUGGAAUUCCAAAAUGCCGUGAUAUCGAUGAAUGUCUUAACAAGAAGGAUAAUUGUGAUGCAAAUGCCCACUGUACAAAUACAGAUGGAUCAUUCAAGUGUACUUGUAAAACUGGCUAUACAGGUGAUGGAGUCACUUGUACCGAUGUCGAUGAAUGCAAGUUCCCAAUUCUGGCACCUUAUAGAUGUACGCAGAAGUGCGAAAACAAACCUGUUGGAAGUUUCAAUUGUAGCUGUGAGACAGGAUUUGAGCUGCAAACUGAUUCGUUUACAUGCAAAGCCAAAGCCGCUAAUGUGUGUGGGACUGGUGGACAAGGCCCAUGUACUGGUGAUGCUAAAGUGAUCAUGUGUGCAAAGGUUGCGAAUGUUGAAACCUGUUUCUGUAAGGCAGGAUAUGCUCUCGACCCCACAACAAAAAAGUCAUGUGCAGAUAUCGACGAGUGCACCUCCACCGAUGCAAAGUUGAAAGAACAGUGUCAUGCUGAUGCUACCUGCAUAAACACCCCAGCAGGAUCUUACACGUGUGCCUGUAAAGCGGGCUAUUCAGGCGACGGCAUGUAUACCUGUGAUAAUAUUGAUGAGUGCAAGAAUGCCAAGACCAGUGGUUGUAACCAGAAACCAUGUGAUAAUACAGUAGGCAGUUUUAAGUGUAAAUGUGAGCCAGGAUUCACCAUGCAGGAGAAAACUUGUAAAGCCACAACGGCAUGCUCCAAUGGAGGUAUGGGUCCGUGCAUUGCCGGUUCUUUGAACAGAACCAUGUGUGCAAACAUAGGUGGUGUGGACAAGUGUUUCUGUAGGGCUGGGUUCAAGUUGGAUGAGGACAACAAGCACUGCAUAGUUGUGAACGAAUGUAGCUCAGCAACGUUAAACGACUGUGACAAGUUCGCGGGCAGGUGCACGGAGUUGAUCCUGGGGUAUAGCUGUAAGUGCAAGGCUGGCUACAACGGUGAUGGAAUCACAUGUAGGGAUAUUGAUGAAUGUGCGGGGAUGAACAACUGCCAUCAGACGUUAGCAACAUGUCUCAACACCCCAGGAUCAUUCGAAUGUAAAUGUAACCUUGGCUACACUGGCGAUGGACGCACCUGCACAGAUUACGAUGAGUGCAAGAAUCCAGCCAUGAACAAGUGUAGCCAGAAAUGCAACAACACCAAGGGCAGUUACACUUGUUCCUGUGAGGACGGGUUUUCUUUGCUGCAAAACGAUAAGUUCACAUGUAGCGCCAAGCUUAAAUGUACAACCAAUAGCGAGUUAGGACCCUGUAAGUCGGUCCCUGCAGGUCAAGUCAUGUGUGCCAAAGUUGGUGAAACAGGUGCACCGAAGUGUGCCUGCAAUCGAGGGUAUUCGCUGCAGCCUGAUGAUUUGACAUGUACAGAAAUGUCUAGUUGCACUACAGGUUCACCUUGUUCGCAACCUCCUCCAUCUACUAUGGUUCCUUCUUGUCAUGUAAACAAGUCACCGCUGACUGGGGAGACUGUGCCAGGUGGCUUCACGUGUGGGUGUGAGGUAGGAUACAGGAGUGAUGGACUCGGCUAUUGUGAAAAGAUGUGCCCGGUUUCCGUUAAGCCGUGUCAAAAUGGAGCGACAUACACGUGUACAUUCGCUACACCGUUCUACAAAUGUCAAUGCACAUCUGGAUACACUGGAACCAACUGUGAAAUAGAGAUUAACGAGUGCAUGACGGAGCCAUGCAAGAACAAAGGUCAAUGUAAGAAUGAUCCGCCUGGGUCCUACACCUGUUAUUGUCCGAAAGGCUUUGACCCCAAGACCAACUGUGGAGACAUCGAUGAAUGCAAGGCCACUGGUGCUAAUAAGCAUAACUGCCUCGCCGGUAAAGCCAAGUGUACGAAUAGUGUAGGAUCAUUCUCGUGUACAUGUAAUUCUCCUAUGGUUGGAAACGGCGUCACAGUCUGCACAGAGAGUGUACUCCUGCCAUUCAACACCCCCGCCAUUAAGAAAAUGUAUGGAAACAAUGUACAGCAAGACAUCCCGGUGACAUGCGGAUUUCCAUUUGGUGACGAGAUCUACCGCAAUAUCAAGCUCUGCACCAAUGGUUACUUUUCCCUCGAACCAGCGGCGUCCAAUAGGGCAAACAUCAUCCUCAGUCAAGUGAGUUCAACCAAGGAUCUGAGGCAGAUGCUAAUCGUUGCCCCGUUCCUCACCAAUAUAGACAUCAAAAAAGGCGACGCAAAUGGUCCGACACUUUAUUAUGACACAUACUUGGAUACCGAAACCGACGCAAACAAGAAAGCUGUCCUGGACAAGAUCAAUACGAUCAUUCGUAAAUUCCCAACAGCCUCCACAUUUGCCGGCAAGUUGGUAGUCGUUGCAACGUGGGACAAAGUCUCACCAAUAGAUGGCACUGCUUAUAAAGAUGAGACGUUCACAUUCCAAGGAGCACUUGCGUCAAAUGGGACUCAUUCCUACGCCAUCUUCCUGUACCAGCCUGGUAGCAUGAAGUGGGAUAAGGACAAUAACGCCAGGAUCGUCUUCAUGGGCUAUGAGUCCAACAAGAAGCUGUUCACACACCUGGGCUCAUUCUUGAAGACUGCCUUGGGUAUAGAUGUCAUGAAGGGAACUAAUGAUACUAUCGGAGUCUGGGCGUAUCCGAUCGGAUCCGUCAAGACCAACAACUACCAGAAAUGCUGCAAUUGGGAGAAUACCAUUGACAAGGUGACCCGCACUGCUACGGCAGUCUGCCCUGCUACACUGAUGCAACUUAUACUCAUGGACAUGAUGGAGAAGGACAAGACAUCAUCAGGAGAUUGUUACAUACCAUACCUUAAGUCGGGCAAUGACUGGCAGAGAUGCUGUUACAGUAAGACAGGCGGCGGCCUGUUGGAAGGAGCGGACUGUGGCUACAUCCGUGUGGACAAGAAGGAAACCACUGACAACGAGGGCUGGAAGGCUUGCUGUGCCACAGACAUGUGCUCAAUGUUCCAUCAGCACCGGCCUUGCUCGAAGAUGAUUACCCUGGCCACACCUGGCAGUCUCGGGGUCUGUCUUGGCGACCCCCACAUCAUUACGCAUGAUAAUGUGACAUGGACCUUCAACGGAUUGGGUGAGUGGAUUAUGGUUCGCACCAAAGUGGAUAAGAAGGAGUUUCAACUUCAGGCUCGUACAGUCCUGGCACCCGCAACAUCUGGAUUCGAUCCGAAAGCAACCGUUUUUACCGGAUUCGCGAUGAAGGCCAAGGAUACUGACAUAGUUGAGGUUAGUUUGAAUGCGGCAGGUGAUGGCCUAGAUAUCCUCAUCAACAAGGCGGCGGGGCCGACUAUGGCAUCUCUCACGACCAUCAACAGGAGUAAGAAGAAUAUGGUGCUGGAAAACGUAGCGGGCACCUUUGUGGUGCGGUUCCUCACUUCUGGAUUUGUCUUCAAAGUGAGCCAUGCUAACAAGAUGCUCAAUAUGACAUUAGCUGUGCCAAGCAAAUAUAAGAAGACAUCUACCGAGUUCCUAGAAGGGCUUAUGGGAAAUUACGAUGGUAGGAAAUCGAAUGAAUGGCAACAGCCGGACACUGUCGCUUUUGAUGAGGGCUCAACGGAGAAAGAUUUUUAUAACUAUGGAAAAACCUGGAAUGUGCCAGAGGCUGACUCUCUCUUCAAUUACGUUGCCCCCAAAACAUACGCCUCCUACCAGAAUUUGAACUUUAUACCGCUCUUCUCCCACCAAUACAAAGAUAAGGCUAGCCUCCUUGCGGAAGUGUACAGUAACGACCAGGCGAUGCUCGCGAGCUGUAACGCAUCAUGCAUGAACCUGUGGCGUACCGCCGAAAUUGAGAGGAAGGCAUACUAUGCGUGCAUGUUUGAUGGUGGGAGGUUGAAGAACUGCAAGGCUAGUUCAGCGUUCGUAGCAGAAUUCAACAUCCACAGUCUGGAUACGAACAUUUUGGAAAAUCGCGCACCGAGUUUCGCUAACAAGCCCCUAAUUUUAAACGCCCAGGUUGGGACACUUGCAACCCUUGCAAUUAAGUUGAGUGAUCCAGACACUGACGAUGUCGUUACCCUGAAGGUCUCUGGAACGGCCUUACCCGGUGGCGCCAUCAAUGACGUUGCUGGCAAUCCAAUGGAAAAGACCUACACAUGGAAACCGACAGAUACAAAACGUUACAAGUUAACGCUGUCUGCGACUGAUAAACUCCAGGCAGAGACGCUGAUUGAUGUGGAAUUGCACGUGUGUAACUGUUCAAAGAAGGACCAGUGUGAUUACAAAGAGGUCAUCAAGACAAAAACUCCAGAUAACUUCUAUCUCGUUGACUGCAAAUGCCCGGGAGAUUACAAGGGCCGAUGGUGUGAACUCAGUCCCUGUGAUUACAGGGUGACGCCAUGCUACCCCGGUGUCACGUGUUCCGUCGAUGGCCAAACGAAUAAAGCGAAGUGCGGAGCAUGCCCGACAGGCAUGAAAGACAGCACACUCAAAGACCCGGGCAAAAACUGUUUAGAUAUUGACGAGUGCCUGACCACUAAUCCCAAGCCAUGCGAGGGAGAUGGUGUGUGUAAAAAUACACUUGGCAGCUAUUUCUGCCAGUGUCCCGCUGGCAGGAGGCCUAAAAUAGACAACUUCAAGGUUUGUGAGGAUGUGGAUGAGUGUCUAAACCCAAGUCUCGGAAAAUGUGACGACGCAAAAAAUGAGACUUGUGAGAAUUUGAUUGGCAGCUAUCGAUGCGUGUGUAAAAAAGGUUACAAGAAGAAGAGUGAUGAAUGUGUCGAUAUUGAUGAAUGUACCAGCACCACGAACAAGCACGACUGCAAUGUCAACGCCAAAUGUGCUAACACUGUUGGGUCAUUCACCUGUACGUGUAACACUGGUUACUAUGGGAACGGGGUCACGUGCGCAGAUGUAGAUGAGUGCUUAAACCCCAAAGACAACGACUGUGACCAGAAGUGCACUAACACCUCUGGCUCAUACAACUGUACCUGUGACAAGGCUGGCUUUAAACUCCAUGACGACAAGAGAACAUGUCAAGUUAUAGAUGCCGAUAAAUGCACAGUAAAGAAGACUUGCGCCCAGUGGUGUACGAAAGUGGCUACGACGGAGACCUGUUCUUGCAGAAGUGGCUAUGUAGCGGAUGGAGACAAGUGCCUAGUUGAUGACAUGUGUGCCAAGAAAACUGCCAAAUGUACAGACACAUGCACACCUGAUUCAAAGGGAGGUUACACUUGCUCCUGUAAGGCUGGAUACAAACUGGAUCCAGACAUGUUUACAUGCUCAGACAUAGAUGAAUGUCAGGAUGGAAAGAAUAAUUGUGCCAAGACAGCAGAUGGCGGAACCUGUACCAAUACUAUUGGCAGCUUCACGUGUAAGUGUGCUACGGGCUACACUGGCAACGGCACACACUGCAAUGACACAGAUGAAUGCAAGACUGUAAAGUGCCAAGCCAAUUCUGUGUGUGUGAAUGCACCAGGCACAUACAAGUGCAUAUGCCAUCCCCUAUACUAUGAGAAGACCGGAUCUUGUCUUCGAGCACCCCAGACCUGGAACGGCACCAUCACCUUCGGCGAGACGUACGAGCCAGACUUGAAGAACAUUGCCGCAAAGAAGACACAGGAUUAUACAAACGUGUUCGCUAAAACUAUUGAGAAACCAUUGAAAGACCAGUAUGGAGCCAGUGUCUUGGGAAUAUCUGUUAUAAGCUUGACUUCUGGCAGCAUCAAGCCCCAGUACGUGAUCCACACUGAUGGGAAUGGUAACGUCAGUCCGACAGGUCUCCAGGGAGCCGUGCAAACGUUGGUCACGAAGAACCCUGCUGGCACCUGUGUCAUGCAUAUGAGUGAUGGCACGAGCAAAGCCCUCGACUGCACGAGUAACAAGAUCGUAGAUUACAAUGAAUGUGCCGCAGGAUAUGACGUGCACCAGUGUCCACAUGCAACGCAGUGUGUGAACGAGGCUGGCAGUUACAGGUGUAAUUGUAAACCAGGAUAUAAGGUUGUUCAGCCCAAUCCUGUAAACCACAUACAGCUAUGUGAUGAUAUCAACGAGUGUUUGACUCUGUGCAAGCUUCCCCUGACCAACUGCACCAACACGCCCGGCUCUUACACCUGCAAGUGUAACCUUGGUUACUGGAGCACGAACGCAAACAAGAUCCCGUGUAAAGAGGCUUGUGGUCCCAAACCGUGUCAGAAUGGAAAAUGCGUUGGCGAUAUCACCAAAGAUGGUGGAUUCCGCUGUGUAUGUCCCGACCACUAUCAGGGAAAACUAUGCGAGGUCAUCAACGCAGAGUACGCAGAGAUGAGGACGAUAGCGAUUGCAGUUGGUUGUACGGUUGGUGCGCUGGCAUUGAUUCUCCUCAUAGUCCUCAUUGUCAUUUGCGUGAAAAGGAGGAGGGCAUCAAAUAAGAAUGGUCAACAAGGCAACGGAAACGACAAAACCGCAGUGUCUCUGGAGACAUACGAAACAGGCUACCUGCCGCGCGUCCAGAGUCGUCCAGCGUCAAGUGCCAGUUUGACCAAUGACAACAUUCAGAACGGAAAUAAUCGGCGGAGGAACAACGACGACCGGGCCUCACGGUCUAGCAACGAGGGAACAGACAACCCGGCCUUCGAGAAUCCCCUUUUCGAUAAUCGGCAACGGCGGAACAACCAAGAUGACAAGUCAAAGCAGCAGAAAACCUUUGGAAUAGAAGCACUGAUCUAACACUUAAGCACGUUGCGCGUGUUCGUCUAAUGUUGAGGAAAACAAGUGCACUCUCUCUCCAAGGUUUUACGGUCGCCUAUCUAACACAAAAGACAUCAUAACACAAGAAGCUAACAGAACAUUCACCGUAUCACAAGCUUUUGCUAACACACGAAUUUUAUUGUUGCUUCACGGGCAUGAGGGAAACACCAUGCUUAUUCUCAAACAUCUCCAACCCAAGAUCAACGAAUUUGGGCUGGCUUGUGUAAACAUACAGGGCUGCCUACCCUAACACAUUUGGGGGGAAAUGUUACCCAUUGACAGGCCUGUUGACACCUUGUUAGGGCCAUUUUACACGUUGACUCGAGAAAAUUUCUUAAAAAUUGUGCCAAAAUCAUCAGAAAACCCAGGAAUUACGCUUUCCGUUGCUGAUUUACACUUUUUGACCAAGAGUUUGACACAUUGCCAGACUCAAGGGUAGGCAGUUCUGUACAUGUAUCGAGCAUUGAAAGCCCAAUAACAAACAGCCUGAAGUCACAAGAAGCAAUUAUUCUACAGUUUUUGUUUUGCCCAAAUUAUGAUUUUAAUCGUCACGUGUCAACAAAGAUCAAAUAGGCCUCCUAUUUAAGGCAUGAGUGAAUAGGCAUGAUGUUUUCCUGAUGGGUGCAUUUCAGUGUCAUUCAAAAAGCAUAAUAUAUAAAUGCGAGAGUGUAUUGAUCGUCUUCCGUUUGGAUAAACGCAUUUAAUUGGAAAAUGUGAUGUUUAAUAGAAAUUUGCGAGGCAGAGAUAAGCGAACGUGUUUUGGCAUACAAUGUAUCUGCUUUAUGCUUGGCACCCCAAAAGGUUGGUAUGCUGUUUCCAACUCCUGCCGGACUGAUUAUAUCAUGUUUUCAUUUUCAACUCUAAAGCGCCGCACAAACCAGUGAUUUUUGUCGCCGAGAAUUGCGAUUAUAAGCGCUGCUACAAUGUGUGUGCGACAAAAUUAUAUCUUGUCUGCGGGUAAAAGUGGUAAUCGCUGUCCGCUGUGAUUACUGAUUUGUGUGCGGGUCCUGUGGUGAUCACGUCAAACGGGAAGUUUUUGUUUCACGUGAUGAUGAUCGCGGGACGUAGCGAUUUAAAUCACUCGUUCGGGGCGCUUAACCCCAGGGGAAAGGAUGUCUAAUUCAAAGCAUUUCCUCAAAUCAUUUUUUUGAUGAAAAUUUUUUAAAUAAUGGCAGCUACUAUGGAACAGUUUGAAGACAUCGUCAUCAAUGAAUGGUGUUUGUAAUUUGUAAAUAAAAUUCCCAUUCAUUUUGGAGAUGAUUCAAGUCAGACGUCCCGACCAGUCCCCCGGUGGUUAAACUCGGCUUUCCUGCUCAAGAUUGCUUGAACUUUAUAUAAACACACUGCCUUGCCUUGCCAUGACGCGUUUCUAUCAUUUCACUUUAACAUGUUUAACUACGAGGUUGUUGCAGUGUUCAGUGUUUUACGAAAUUAGUGUUACACAUUGAUGUAUUCACAACAAAAUGCAAAUGUAUUCACUAAUGAAUGCAUUGUCUCGGUAACUUCCAGAGAUCUCAGUAACUUCCAGCUUUAACUGCAUGAACCUACUUCAGCCACAUGGUGCAGCUGGACUGUCUACUGUCUACAGUCACAAUUGUCAUCCCUAAAUUUGUGUCAUUGACGCGCUACCCAUCGCGUAGAUCGCGCGACAUUUACGUGAAACAUAAUGAUAAGCGCGUCACUGAUGCGUCAUUGAUGCACAACUUGGCGCAUACGUUGCACGUCACUGACACGAUGCAGGAUGGAUGUCAAUUGUGACUUAGACUGUACAUGAAUUGUUCUGAAUUGGGGAUGGCUAAAUUAUUUCAAAGUACGAUAAUUUACAUCAUUAACUUGUUUUAAAUCUGCCGAAAGAAAUAAUUUGAUAAUAUGGACUUAUAUAUUGUUAUAUUUAUGUAAAUUAUAAUUAGUGAGGUGUAUCAAUUAUCAAGAAUCAAAUUCUUGGUAUCACUAAUGUAAUUGAAAAAACGUUUUAAUAUUGUAAAACAAACCGGUCGCGUAGGGUGCAUCCAAAACUGUUUUUUGACAAAAAAAUUGUAAUUAUUUUGGCUGCCAUGUCUAGGAAGUCACUUGCCAUGUGAAUGAGAGGUUCUUUUCUCCUUAAGCUGCAUAAGGCUGUUCAUUCUAAAAGGCGUUGGACCUCAAAUUAUGUCCAAAACCCUUGGCUAAUGCCACUGUUUUUGUCCGCAUUUCCAUUCUUCCCCUGCGUUCUCGAUUACAUAAUGGAGGGAGGACUGCCAACUCAUUAAAUUGCAAAAAUAUGAAAUACCAUAUCACUUCUGAAAAAGAUAUACGUCACAUUCAUGGAUGCACCCGUGAAUCCUAAGAAUUGAGAUCCUAUUGGCUUGUGGAUCCAUAUUGGAAUCAACUGUAAUGUCGGUGUUCCGUGUCAUUCACAUCACAAACGACGUCGUAAUCAAACACUAGACGUGUCGUCACACACCUCGUGUCUACCUGUUGAUUGACGUCAAAGUUCUACCUUCCAGAUAGCGGUCAGCGCCCAUCGCCGCCAUCUUCGACAUGUUCGUUUUUUGACGACGCUCUCUGUCACUUUCUACCGCGGACUUUUAACCUCUUCGGACAUCGCUUGUUGCUAGCGUAGCGUGACUGGUUACGGGACUAACAUCACUUAUCUCUUCCGUUUUCAUUUUUUGUGCCUGAUACGCUUUUCGAUAUUUGUGUGAAAAUGAAACUGACAAUGUUACUGGUACUUUCAGGAGCUACUUUUGAAGAAAUCCUCCUGCACUCUUAACGGGACGUCGAGUGAGCAAUGUUAGCGCAUUGCGUAACAUUCUACAUGUAUAUGAUACAUAACUGAGGACACGCUACUGGAAAGUUUGUAUUCAGUUCACGAGUGGUAUUCAGAUCGGAUUGAAAAUUAGCCAACAGUGUAGAUAAUUCUAGCAAGCUGGUCUAUGGACGCCUUGCUUUCAGUGUGUGGAGGAACAUAGUGUAUUAAUCCGUCACCGAAGUAUUUUAAGCAUAAUCUUCAGUAUUGUUUUUUGAUUUCAUGGAUACCGUCCUAGAGGUGUUGUCAGUGGCAAGUAUUCAAUGAUGCCAGUAUUUUCUAGGACAUCUAUGUACAUACAUUAUAUACUCCACAGUGGAUAUAGGAGUAAAAAUGAUAUAUUUUUGUGCGCGUACCUAGCUAUAUUUCUUGUACUGUGCAAGUGGUGAUCUAUUGUUUAUUCAGCGACUUUGUCUUUGCUUUUCAUCGGAGAAUUUCACUCAUUUUAACUCAACAUACGUUUUGCAUGUUUAAAGCGACCUGCAAAGAAAGUAAGUGGCAUGUGAUGAUUAUUGCUGCAAUGACUGAGCAAUAGAAAUAUUUCUUGUAUGCGACUAAUAGCGAUCGAUCAACACUGUGCAUGAUGGUUAUUGCAGGUUGCAGCCAUGGCUGAUUCCUGAUGUGACUUUUGUCACAUGUGAAAAUUACUGCAGGUUGCUGCGAUAAAAAUUGCUAAUUUCCAGGGCAAUCCAGUAUUGAUCGUGAUCACAGAUUCAUCCGUAUUACAUGUAAGUGUGAAAGUAUGUGUACCAGUGCUACACUGUGCCAAAAUAUUGCUCUUCUGCAAUGCAAAUGCAGUGACGGAUCCUCUGAGAUAGCUUUUUCCCUUGGAAAGGAUCGAGCCAGAAACUCAUUGUCCCGAGAGUGCAAUAUUUUGUCAACGCGUGGCUCUGCAGUUGAGCUUUGCGCUGAAGUAGAAUGUCCUAUAUAUUUCGAAUGUUUCCCGGUAUAAGCUUCAAUCUUUACAUUCCAUGGUUUGGUUUCGAAAGAUUUUGUGCUGCGUCUGUGCAUAUUUACAAUAGUUAAAGAUUGUCGUGGUAUAGUAUACAGGAUAACGUCAUGGUCAGCAUAUUCGUGAUCGUAUCCUCCACUCUGGUAAGCCAGCGCCUGGCCGCCGUCCUUUUCCGUACGAGUUCGUCCAUGAUAGUCGAGUUUCGGCACCAAUGUUUUGGUCUCCCGGGUUCCGGCACCAAUGUUUUGAUCUCUCCCGGGUUUCUGCACCAAUGUUUUGGUCUCUCCCGGGUUUCGGCACCAAUGUUUUGGUCUCUCCCGGGUUUCGGCACCGAAGUUUUGGUCUCUCCCGGGUUUCGGUACCAAUGUUUUGGUCUCUCCCGAGUUUCUGCACCAAUGUUUUGGUCUCUCCCGGGUUUCUGCACCAAUGUUUUGGUCUCUCCCGGGUUUCGGCACCAAUGUUUUGGUCUCUCCCGGGUUUCGGCACCGAAGUUUUGGUCUCUCCCGGGUUUCGGUACCAAUGUUUUGGUCUCUCCCGAGUUUCUGCACCAAUGUUUUGGUCUCUCCCGGGUUUCUGCACCAAUGUUUUGGUCUCUCCCGGGUUUCGGUACCAAUGUUCUGGUCUCUCCCGGGUUUCUGCACCAAUGUUUUGGUCUCUCCCGGGUUUCUGCACCAAUGUUUUGGUCCUUCCUGGGUUUCUGCACCAAUGUUCUGGUCUCUCCCGGGUCCCGGCACCAAUGUUUUGGUCUCUCCCGGGUUUCUGCACCAAUGUUUUGAUCUCUCCCGAGUUCCGGCACCAAUGUUUUGGUCUCUCCCGGGUUUCUGCACCAAUGUUUUUGUCUCUCCUGGGUUCCGGCACGAAUGUUUUCGUCUCUCCUGGGUUUUGGCACCAAUGUUUUGGUCUCUCUCGGCUUCCGGCACCAAUGUUUUGGUCUCGCCCGGGUUUCUGCACCAAUGUUUUGGUCUCUCCCGGGUUCCGGCACCAGUGUUUUGGUCUCUCCCGGGUUUCUGCACCAAUGUUUUGGUCUCUCCCGGGUUUCUGCACCAAUGUUUUUGUCUCCCGGGUUUCUGCACCAAUGUUUUGGUCUCUCCUGGGUUCUGGCACCAAUGUUUGUAUAGUUCUUUGGGUGGGAUUUGUAAAGAAAGGGGCUACAAAACACGUCAUUUUCCUUUUACGAGCGGUGGCCAACUGCCUUCGAAUUGCCAACCUUUAUUACAUAGAAUUAAAGCAUUGCUUAAUUUAGCUAAAACUAGACAGACGGUAUUGCACAUCCGCUGACAGUUAUAUCAGCGUGUCGAAGUGAGGCUAUGGCAAAUAUUUGUAGUUGUUUUAACUUUGUUAUUUUAUAUAAAAUGCAUUAGACAUCAGACCUGUCAUUAGAUGGCAGUCUUUUGUUCUAACUCAUAAAGUGCAGUUUAUAGAGCUGCAGAAGAUGAAGUAGGGUCAAGCUCUGAGUCAAUGUGUGUAAUAGGGGCAAGCUCACUUCCUUGCGGGGGCAAGCCUAUGAAUCCAUGUGUGUAAUGGGGCAAGCCUACUUCCUUGUGGGGGCCAGCCUAUGAAUCCAUAGGUGUAAUGGGGCAAGAUCACUUCCUAGCAGGGGUCAGCCUUUGACUCAAUUGUGCGUAAUAGGGGCAAGCUCACUUCCUAGUGGGGGCCAGCCUUUGAAUCCUUAUUUUUUGGGGGAGGGGGAGGUUGAAGAAAUUAGUAUUAUAAAAUAACUGCACCGCAUUCUUGAAGUCGAAACUUGCAUGAUUAAGGGGAAAAACAUUCAUGGAUUAAACUGCUCGCAAGAUUUGUGUGAAUUUUGACCCUUGGAGCGACAAGAUGGGGAUGUACACAACAAACAUUAUGCUAUUCAAGCAACAUUACAUGUAUGUUGUUCUAGCAGAAUAAAAUUAGUUCAAAGGAAUUGAUGUAGGGUUUAAUUGAGGGGCGGUGGAUGUAGCACAUACUAAGACGUUGUAUCUGGUGAGAAGGUAUGGGAACUGUGUGUAAUUUAAAUUGCAUGUAUAAUGUAGGAGGAAACCAGUACUAAUUAUUGACCCUUUCUUUCAAUGUGAGGAACAUCGGUCUGAAACCGUAACAUUACAAGGGCAUUUUACUCCUACAGCUUUCAGUAACCUCGAAAAAUAUUUCUUCGUACGUAAAAUCUGUUUUUAUCAUGAAUAUUUCUGCGUUGUGGGAUCUUAUCAUAUCAGAGUGUUUGUUUCAUCAAAGUAUCGAAUCACAAAUUAUGAGGGGGGGGGGGUUAUUCUUCAGAAUGCAGACUGUUCUAAAUUUGAAAUCUUGAUCAAGAUCACUUUAUCAGCUGGAUUACCAUGGUGACGGGUUUGUUAUAUUAAUUUAUUUUUAAUUUGUAUUACUCAUGUAAAUUGUGGCCAUGACUUAUUUUACUGAUUGGUAUUUAUUUGUGACAGUAUCUUUUUUGCCAGGAUCAUGAUAUCAUUUUACGACGUCAUUUUUCAGUUUUUAUGAGGUGACGAUGUUGUUUGUAUGGAUUAUAUCCGAGUUGGUUUCAUAGUCUACAACAAUCCUAUAAUUGCACCUGAAGACGUGAAGCGCUUUGAACAAUUAAACAGCAUUGGAUUUUAUAGCACUAUAGAAUGAUCAUCGUUAAAGGGGUACACCGUUCGUAAAUAUUUGUGGUCCAGUUAAAUAGAAAUCCACUGAUACACAAUGCCGUAUUAUGAGUACAAAUUUGUUGAAACUUUGUAUUUAUAGUAUUUGUAUAUCUGACUACAGAAAGUCUAUGCUGAAAUUUAUAUUUAGUAUGUAUUUAUGGAAUUGAGAAUUUUCAAAUUCAAUUACAAAUUCAAAAUUUUUAACGAACGGCGUAGGCCUUUAAGAUUAUAAGACGCCUUUGAGAAAACACGGUAACGUACUAGAAUCUAUACAAACCAACCCGGGAGUCAUUCCAUAUAAUCAUCUUUAAUACAUCAUUCAUUGAAGAUACAUUAGUAAACUCCUGUUCUCACGGUUGUAUUCAAGAGGUGUUGGGUUCAUAUAAUGGCAUUUGAUUCUUUUCGGAAAAAUACUCUUCUCAAGAGUGGCAGGUCACUGACGAAAUAGUGGGGGUGUACCAACCACAUUGAAAAGCGUCUCGUAGUACAUUCCAGUAUAUACUCCCAGUUGACCUUGCUGUUCAAUUUACAGUUGGCAUCCAUGACAAUUUGUAUCAGGAUUUUUUUUUUAUCUCUGGGGUUUAAAAAUGCUCCGUCCAGAAUUGAGAGAACAUUCCAUUUCUUUUGUGAGAGUGAAUUCGAUCCAUACACAAUCCAUCCAAAAUAGUACAGUACUGGUAUAAACUAUUGUCCAUUCCAAAAGAGUGAAUUCGAUCCAUACACAAUCCAUCCGAAAUAGUACAGAACUGGUAUAAACUAUUGUCCAUUCCAAAAGAGUGAAUUCGAUCCAUACACAAUCCAUCCAAAAUAGUACAGUACUGGUAUAAACUAUUGUCCAUUCCAAAAAUGAUAGGCCUAUGUCUGCAUCGUUUGGGGCUCUGUACAAACCAUUGAUUGGAUUUCAAUUUCUGCGGAAUAUACUUAACUUUGACAGCUUGUUUCGGCGCAAAUCACCGAUCAGUAAAAACCAAACUUAAAAGUAAUCCCACUGGAAGUUAAUGCUUCAGAGCCCAGAAUGAUGCAAACGAAUAAUUUACGAACAGAGUAUAGUCUCAGUCCAUCCGAAUAUAAUGCUGUCCAUGUCAUUCUGAACUAAAAUUUUAGUUCUCCAGUUUUGUGGUAUUGGGGUGAUUAAUACCUUUUAAAUAAAGGUCCAUUCAAAUUUGAAAUGGCGAUUUGCUGUUGUGUUAACCAAUAUAGAUAUAUACACUCUAUAGGUCAGUACUCAUCAUGUUGAAAUGUCAGGUUACUGUACAGCGCCACUGAUCCCAUUUUCUUGUGACACCAGUAAAUACAGUGUACGCUAACAGCAUACCCCUUUAAAUAACGAAUAUGAUUCGAUUCGGGCAAGUUCAGUGAAGGAAGUAUAUUUUGAUCUGCCCAUUAUUUUAUGUAAAUAUUGAUGUAUAUUGUAUCUUAUCUAAUAAAUAACUACAUUCC